CGUCCUUGUGCAGUACAUCGGGGACCACACACAGGCACAAGCUGCUCCUCAACGUAAGGGGCGUGGUCGACAACCACGUCAUUCCCAUGGUUCCCGUAAAUAUAUGAAAGCUGAGUCAACUAAUGGAACUAUGCAGUCGGAUGUUUCGGGAAACACCGAUGCCACCCUGGAGCUUGAAGGGCAUUCACUACCAAAGGAACUUGAGGAAAAAAGGAAAUUUAAAUACGGUUUCAAGUGCUAUAUUGAAUGAUGCUAAGCCCAGAAUACGAGCUGUGUCGCUGACAUCUGUCCAUGAAACAAGAAAGGAUCAUGACACAAACCAGAAACGCUGCAGGACUAUAGAUAACAUAAGUGAUGAUGAUGACAUUGACUAUUUGGGUUCAACAUCAGGCUCCUUUGUUAAGAAACCACGUUUACAGUCUCGAGCAGGAAGUGAUAACACAGUUGUAAGUUGUGACACUACCGUUGAAUAUACUUAUCUGUACAGAUUUCUGGAAAGAAUAGAAAAGAAAUCUACAUCCGGGAAAAUGAGCAAACCGUGGAUGAAGAAACAGUACCUAGUGAUAGACCAGGCUGAUGGACACAAUUGUGGGAUCUUCGUCUUCAUGGCUGCUGAUACCCUUUUGGCGGAGACGUUUCCAGGAAUCAUGAGGAACUACCACGCAGAGAAGUACAGGCUGUAUGUACUACAGAGGAUACUACAGUAUGCCAAGGAGGAUAUACCGAGAGGGGGAAAUCACACCUUGGCAGUGGAUGGACACGGCGAUAUCACAGACAAUACCCAACAUUCGGAAACUCUGACGGAAGGAGAUAUAAUGGAAAGAAGCUAUACAAAGGCAACAAAAGAGGGUCAAGUCAUUCAUACAGUUGCACAAAAUCAUGACACUUUUGUCGAAACUGACGGUGCUAUAGCCACCGAUAAAGAUGCAGAUGAAUACCCAUGUCUCCAUGAACACCUGUCACAGAAGCAGUUAAUGGCAUGUUUGUUAAUUGUUGCUUUGGCGGGGAAUAACCUGAAGAAGAGGUUGCUAUGGGCAGUUUCUGACACAGGAACUAGAGCGGAAAGAGAAACCUACAAGCGAUAUAUUGCUUGGGUGUUCACGAUUUUCGACAUCAAUGGAGAGAAACAUACACAAAGAAGAUGAUACAAAAUGAUUUAGGAACAAUUGUCAGGAUGCUGUCUAGGGUCAGGAGACUGGAUCAUACAAACUAAGAAACCAAAAACGUACCAAUAAGGCUGAGACAUACUGCCCAGCGAUCUGAGACAAUUGAUUGCAAAGAUGGACCUGGAGUUAAUAUUUCGUUAUGUGAGUUCAAGAGCUGAAUCCACUGAGGUGGAAGAAGUAGAUAUCCCCUUCGAACUUGAAUUGAAGCAAGUUGAUGUACCUGUUGUAGCUCAACGUUUUGUGGCAGCCAUUCAGGGCAAAGAGUUUGCUUUUGUGUGUAUGCAUUCCCUCUUUCAGGAACAGACAUUUGUCGAUAUGGUCUUUGAGAAUCUGGUGCAAAAUCUGAACAAGGACAAUUCUACUCUCUUGAAAUUAUUGUCCAGUUAUAACACUGUGCAUGGACAGUCCUUUCUGUUUUUGGACGAGCAUUACAGACAACUCAAAGAAUUUGUUAAGGAGAGGCAUUGACCAGUAGUUCAGUACUUCGAUUACUUGCUUUGAAUGUAAUUGUAAGCUGGAUACGUUGUGUAUGACAUUGCGCAAUCUUCCAAGACCUCUAAUCAUCAAACUGGAAUUGGAAGUUGUAGAUGAUCUAGGGGUGAAGUUUGACAAUAGUUCCUUGCUUGACAUUGCCUGUAUGAGUGGAUUGUCUGCAGUGGCUUCCAGACUCUUGCAAGUAACGAAGGCAAUAAGCAGGAAUAGGCCAAGAAAGGCAACACAUGUACAUUAUGCAUCUAUGUGCCAAAGGAGCAGUAAUAUUAUCAAUACAAUUAUAAAGAUGGGACAUUCUAACAUAAAGAUCAUAGGACCGGGAGGAUCAACACCUUUACAUUACGCAUGUGCAGUAGGAAAUGUUGGGAUUGUAAGCAUUUUGUUGCAGGAAGCAGUGGAUACUGGAAAGCGAAACAUGAGGGGUGAAACUGGGUUUCAUUUGGCAUGUUUAUAUGGGAA